AUGAAGUUCCUCACUGUCGCCGCGGCCAUCUUUGCCAGCACCUCGCUGGCGGUGCCUACCAACCCCAACAACGGUGGUUCUUGCGUCCCUAACAACCCUGGUGGCAACACGAGCUCCGGUCCUGGUGGCCACUCUACUGGCGGCAACACCAGCUCCGGCCCCGGACACACCAGCACCGGCGGCAACACCAGCUCCGGACCUGGCCACACCAGCACCGGUGGCAACACUAGUUCUGGCCCCGGCCACACCAGCACCGGCGGCAACACUAGCUCCGGACCUGCGACCACCAGCAGCGGCUCCAACACUAGCUCCGGACCUGCCACCACCAGCAGCGGCUCCCACAGCGGCUCCAACACCAGCUCCGGCCCUGCCACUACCAGCAGCGGUUCCAGCAGCGGCUCCAGCACUAGCUCCGGCCCUGCCACCACCACCACCGGCAACCCUGGCAACGGCGGUGAGUUUCAUUGCCCUGCCGGCCUUUACAGCAACGCCCAGUGCUGCUCUACCGACGUUCUCGGUGUCGUGGGUCUCGACUGCUCCAGCCCCAGCCGCACACCCAUUUCUGGUAACGACUUCAAGGGUAUCUGCUCUGCCAUUGGCAAGCAGGCUAAAUGCUGCGUCCUCCCUGUCGCUGGCCAGGACGUUCUCUGCCAGGACGCCAUCGGCGGCGGUCCUACUUCAUCUGGCAACGGAGGCAACCCUACUUCUUCCAACAACGGAGGCAACCCUACUACGUCCAGCAACGGAGGCAACCCUACUACGUCCAGCAACGGAGGCAACCCUACUACGUCCAGCAACGGAGGCAACCCUACUACGUCCAGCAACGGAGGCAACCCUACCACUUCUAGCAACGGCGGCGGCAACCCUACCUCUUCUGCUCCUGGCUCCAACCCUACCAACCCUGGUAACGGUGGUGAAUUCCACUGCCCUGCUGGUCUUUACAGCAAUGCUCAGUGCUGCUCUACGGACGUCCUCGGUGUUCUUGGCCUUGACUGCUCUAGCCCUUCUAAGACCCCCACCUCUGGCGAUGACUUCAAGGCCAUUUGCGGUGCUGACGGCAAGCAGGCUAAGUGCUGCGUUCUUCCUGUUGCCGGUCAAGAUGUUCUCUGCCAGGAUGCUAUUGGUGGCGGUAACCCUACCUCUUCUGCCCCUGGAGGCGGCAACCCUACCUCUACUCAGCCCGGCGGUGGUAACCCCACGACCUCCAGCAACGGAGGCAACCCUACCACUUCUGCUCCUGGCUCCAACCCUACCAACCCUAGCAACGGCGGCGAGUUCCACUGCCCUGCUGGUCUGUACAGCAACGCUCAGUGCUGCUCCACUGAUGUACUUGGUGUUCUGGGCCUCGAUUGCUCUAGCCCCUCUAAGACCCCCACCUCUGGCGAUGACUUCAAGUCCAUCUGUGGCGCUGCCGGCAAGCAGGCUAAGUGCUGCGUUCUUCCUGUUGCCGGUCAAGAUGUUCUCUGCCAGGAUGCCAUUGGUGGCGGUAACCCUACCUCUUCUGCCCCUGGAGGCGGCAACCCUACCUCCACUCAGCCUGGCGGUAGUAACCCCACGACCUCCAGCAACGGAGGCAACCCUACCACUUCUAGCAACGGCGGCGGCAACCCUACCUCUUCUGCUCCUGGCUCUAACCCUACCAACCCUAGCAACGGCGGCGAGUUCCACUGCCCUGCUGGUCUUUACAGCAACGCUCAGUGCUGCUCCACUGAUGUACUUGGUGUUCUGGGCCUCGAUUGCUCUAGCCCCUCUAAGACCCCCACCUCUGGCGAUGACUUCAAGUCCAUCUGUGGCGCUGCCGGCAAGCAGGCUAAGUGCUGUGUCCUUCCCGUCGCUGGUCAGGAUGUCCUUUGCCAAGAUGCUAUUGGUGGCGGUAACCCCCCCAACAGUGGCAACCCUACCUCUUCUGCUCCUGGUGGCGGCAACCCUACCUCUUCCGCCCCCGGCGGCAACCCUACCUCGUCUGCUCCGGGCGGCGGCAACCCUACCACUACCCAGCCGGGCGGCGGCAACCCCACCUCCACCCAGCCCGGCGGUGGCAGCCCUACCACCAGCUCUCCUCCUGACAACGGCCCUGUCUGCCCCCGCGGCCUCUACAGCAACCCCCAGUGCUGCUCUACUGAUGUUCUCGGCGUCGCUGACCUCGACUGCUCCUCUCCCUCUUCCCACUCUGGCCCCAAGGCUUUCGGUGCUUCUUGCGCCGCCGUUGGCAAGCAGGCCAGAUGUUGUGUCCUCCCCAUCCUUGGCCAGAGCGUCCUGUGCCAGGCAGCCAUUGGUGCCUAA